CGCAUCCGCACCGGCAUGGUGAACCUGGCGGCCAUGGUGUGGUGCUGGCUCCUGCGGAAGCGGUGGGUGCUCGCCCUGGUCUUCGGGCUCUCGCUCGUCUACUUCCUCACCAGCACCUUCAAGCAGGAGGAGAGGGCAGUGAGAGAUCGGAAUCUCCUCCAGGUUCAAGACCAUGAUCAGCCCAUUCUGUGGAAAGUGCAGUUUAACUUGGGCAACAGCAGUCGGCCCAGCAACCAGUGCCGGAACUCCAUCCAAGGGAAGCACCUAAUCACAGACAAACUAGGAUACGUUUGUGAAAGGAAGGACUUGCUGGUGAAUGGCUGCUGUAAUGUCAAUGUCCCGGGCACCAAGCAGAACUGCUGUGAUGGCUGCUUGACCAACAGCUGCUGCAGCGCUUACGAGCACUAUGUUUCCUGCUGCAUGCAGCCCAACAAGAAACUUCUCCUGGAGCGCUUCCUCAACCGGGCAGCAGUGGCCUUCCAGAACCUCUUCAUGGCAGUGGAGGAUCACUGUGAAUUGUGUUUGGCUAAAUGCAGGACCUCAUCCCAGAGUGUGCAGCACGAGAACACCUAUAGGGAUCCCAUAGCAAAGUAUUGCUAUGGAGAGAGCCCGCCCCGAGCUCUUCCCAGCAUGAUGGGCACAGUGAUGGGCACAGAACACUUUCCAAGCGCAUGCGGCUAA